ACCAAUAUUAUUCAGCCAGAGACCGGAGAAAGUCCAGACUACUGCCACUCCUCUUAGUCCCCCUAAGCCACGCCCCUCUUGUCGUAGCGCAUGGGCAGAAAGGACGCCCUGCCUAAGCUCUGUUCUUGGCAGUGAUCGCUGUUGCAGCGCAAUGGCUACGUGCCACCUGCCGUCGGUGCAGCCUGUAACUCACCUGAUCUUUGACAUGGACGGUCUGCUUCUGGAUACUGAACAUCUUUAUACUGUUGUGUUCCAAGAAAUCUGCAGUCGCUUUGGGAAAACCUACACUUGGGAUGUGAAAUCCUUAGCAAUGGGCAAAAAAGCAUUGGAAGGAGCAGAAAUCAUUCGUGAUGCACUGGACCUUCCAAUCACCAAAGAAGAGCUGUUACAUGAAAGUAAAAUCAUGCAAGAAAAAUUGUUUCCUACAGCUAGGUUGAUGCCAGGAGUUGAAAAGCUAAUCCACCAUCUACACAAACAUAACAUUCCCAUAGCUGUUGCUACUAGUUCAUCUCAAGUGACAUUUGAAAUGAAAACAAGCCGACACAAAGACUUCUUUGCUUUAUUUCAUCAUAUUGUCUUGGGAGAUGAUCCUGAAGUAAAGCAUGGCAAGCCACAACCGGAUGUGUUUUUAGUUUGUGCAAAGAGAUUUGAUCCUCCUCCAUGUCCAGAAAAGGCCGGGUUAUGUUAAAAAUGAAAACUACCAACUUUUCAAAAACUGACAUUGCCUGCUCUAAAGGAUUUGUAAUGUCACUUGCGCACAUCUUUAUUGGAAAGAUCUGUAACACAUUUUAAGGGCAGCAGAAAAUCAUAUCAUAGACUUUACAAGGGAAGAAAAUUGUAGCACAGUGCUAUGAAGUUUGCUAUUGUUUCAGUUUCUGAAAAUAUUUGUUAAACGGUUAAUAUACAGUAUUAAUAUGUACACUACUGAUAUAAA